AUGCCUCCAGCUGACAGAUUCGUAGGAACUGCCGCCGCUGCCCUGGUGGGCGGGGCUACAGUCGCAGGAUAUUUGAAUGCCAAAUUCCACUUGCACAAGGAUAUAUCAGGCUUGCUCACCGCGAGAAACGCCGAUCGCCAAUAUGCCACGGGGGUCCGUCACGACCGGGGGAAUCCUUGGUUUGUCCUGCUGGACACGGUGAAGCGAUAUCCCGAUAUGAUCUGUGCCUGGACUCGAGAGGGAUCAUACACCUACCGUGAAUUGCAGGACAAAGCCUGUCAGUACGCCCAUUUCUUUCUCUCACACGGCGUGAAGAAGGGUGAUCUUGUGGCUCUUUAUCUCCAGAACGGUGUCGAGUACAUACUCGCAUGGGUGGCACUGUGGAGUAUUGGCUGUGCACCUGCUGCAAUCAACUAUAACCUCGCCGGCGAUGCCCUACUGCACUGCUUGAAGAUCAGUGACUCGGUAAUUCUCCUGGUUGAUCAAGAUGCCGAAUGUCGUGCCCGUUUUGAAGAAUGCCAGGACACCAUCACGGGUGAUCUGGGAAUGAAGCCUAUGAUACUUGAUAGCUCCCUCAAAGCGCAUAUCGGUACGUUCUCUACGUCACUGCCACCCCAGGAGAUGAGCAAGUACGUGGCGGGCGAUUUCCCGGCCAUUUUGCUAUACACUUCAGGAACCACUGGAAAGCCUAAGGGCUGUGCAUUCACCAUGGCUCGACUCUAUACCACUAUCUUCGUCCGCACUAACCUUAUGGGAGACAAACACGGACCAGGCGGUGAUCGUUGGUACAACUGUAUGCCUUUGUACCAUGGCACUGCAGCAAUCACGAUAAUGUCAUGUCUGUUGAUGGGUACGAGCAUCGCGCUUGCUCCCAAAUUCAGCGUGAGCAGAUUCUGGACAGAUAUCCGGGACUCUGAGUCAACCGUUUUCGUGUAUGUCGGAGAGACUGCUCGGUAUUUGCUCACUGUGCCCUCAUCACCCCAAGACCGCAAUCACAAGGUCCGCUGCAUGUAUGGCAACGGUCUUCGGCCAGACAUCUGGGACCGAUUCCGCGAGAGAUUUGGAGUCCCCGAGGUGGGCGAAUUUUUCAAUAGCACAGAAGGAAUCUUUGGUCUCUUCAACUACAAUUGUGGUCCUUUCACAUCUGGCAGUGUGGGCCAUCAUGGACUGCUCAUGCGGGGAAUUUUGCAUAAUACCUUCGUUCCAGUUGCCAUUGACCCAGAAACUGGUGAUAUUCUCCGAAACGCUAAGACGGGAUUUGCAGUUCGGUCGCCUUAUGAGCAAGGAGGUGAAAUCAUCGUGAACAUUCCGGGUGAAGCGGCCUUCCAGGGGUACUGGCAUAACGAUGAGGCGACCAAUAAAAAAUUCUUGCGGGAUGUUUUCAAGAAGGGUGAUCUCUACUAUCGAUCUGGAGAUGCUCUGCGCCGCCAAAGCGAUGGUCGUUGGUAUUUCCUCGACCGACUCGGGGACACUUUCCGUUGGAAGAGUGAGAAUGUGGCCACCGCUGAGGUUUCGGAAGUCAUAGGCCAAUUCCCAGGCAUUAACGAGGCCAAUGUCUACGGUGUCCGUCUACCCAAUCAUGAGGGACGUGCUGGCUGUGCAGCCAUCCAAAUUAGUCCAGAUGCCCGCCGGACAUUUGACUAUGCAGCACUUGCGAGGUUCAUCCGGUUGAAACUACCACGAUACGCUGUUCCACUAUUCCUUCGCAUCGUUGACAAUCCCACACAUAUUCAUAACCAUAAACAGAACAAGGUACCGCUCCGGGAAGAGGGCGUGGACCCUGCACUGAUUGGAACCAGAUCUCCUGAGGGUAAAGGUGACAAGUUCCUCUGGAUUGCCCCGGGGGAAGAAAGCUACUCGCCUUAUGGACAGAAAGAGUGGGAUCAUUUGUCCAGUGGGAAUGCCCGGUUGUGA